CCCCGCCGAGUCCGCAUGCCCGGUACCGCCGGUCCCAUUGGUCCCCGCAGUCACAUGCAGGGCGGCGGCGGGGCCGCCGAUCCUUCCUUCCCUCCCUCUUUUCCCUCCCAACCUCUUCCAUCCGCCGGGCUGAGCGCAGGGAGCGGCCGCGAUCGCAGCAUGAGCACGCUCAAGGUCUACAGCACCUCGGUCACCGGGUCCCGGGAGAUCAAAUCGCAACAGAGUGAAGUAACCCGAAUCUUGGAUGGGAAAAACAUCAAAUAUGAGCUGGUGGAUAUCUCCCAGGACAAUGCUCUCCGGGAGGAGAUGAGGGCAAAAGCAGGCAACCCCAAAGCCAUCCCACCCCAGAUCGUCAACGGGGACCACUACUGUGGGGAUUAUGAGCUCUUCGUGGAAGCAGUGGAACAAAACACCCUGCAGGAGUUCCUGAAGCUGGCCUGAGCCCCUGCUCCCACCCCCUGCCUCAUGUCCUGGACUCUACCUGCAAUCCUGAGCACCCUCAUCUCCGACCACCUUCACUUCCAGGUUGUCAGCACAUCUCCUGGCAUUGUGCCCUUUUAUCCCAGCAUAGGGAAAACCCAUGACCAAAACUCCUUAUUGCAGCUGCCUAUGAUUCCCUCCUGCCUAACCCUGAUAAUCAUCUCAGAGGGAUCCAAAGAAAAGUCUGAUGCUCGCUGCUCAUGGCCUUCCAACCAAGCUGGGCCUGGCUCCCACUGCAGCUUCCAGUGCCUCUGUAAACAGCAAAGCCUCUGGGGCUGUGAGAAGUGCAGCUGUCCAUCAGCCCUCUCUCCUCCUUAGAGCUUCUGCUACAGGAAGAAAGGGCUUUUUAGGGCUGCAUGUUACUUCUCACUUCUCCCAGUUGCUGUUAAAAUUGUAAAUCCUGCUGCCUCACUUCCUUUUGUUAUUAAUUUCCUCCUUCAUCUCAACUGCAGAGAUUAUGGCAACUAAGGUGAUUGUCAAGUUUUGUUUCAAUGCAAAAUACUGCACAAAGCUGGGGGCUGACCACCCGGGGGCUAAGGCUGAUGCCCCUGGGCUGCCAGCCUGGGGGGUUGGAUAGCCCUGGAAAUGGGACCAGAGCUGCUCCAUCUGCCCUCUGCUGCCAGGCAGUGGGUGCUGGGGCUCCUUCAUGAGUGUUAAUGGCUCAGGGCUGCUCCAGAACAGCUGAUGUUCCAGCUGUCUUAUCUUUCCUGUUUUUGAGUUAGCUUUUUUUUUUUUCCUUUUUCAAACCCAGACCAAGUGCAUUUUUUUUUCCUGCCAAAAAAAAAAAAAAAAAAGCAAGUUUAUAACCAAGUGUUGUCUUCCAAGAUGCUAUUAAAUGUUACUAUACCUUU